AUGACGGAGGUGAUCGUCCAUAUAUACGACGUGACCAAUAGUGAUUCAGACAAGACGAACAACACCAUUGUUCAGAUCAAUAAGAUCUUUAAAGACUGUAUCGGUCUCGGCGGCAUCUUCCACAGCGCCGUCCAGGUUUAUGGAGAUAAGGAAUGGUCAUUUGGGAUCUGUGAACAAGGCAUUGGAGUUUUCAGGUGUCCUUAUGGAAAGAACCCGAUGUACACAUAUCGUGAAAGCAUUGUGCUUGGAGAAACAAACUUUUCCAUCUCCAAGGUCAAUCAGAUCCUGAGGGAGCUUAGUACGGAGUGGCCCGGGAAAUCUUAUGAUUUGUUGUCAAAGAAUUGUAAUCACUUCUGUAAUGAAUUUGGUGAAAGACUUGGUGUGCCUAAACUUCCUGGUUGGGUUAACAGAUUUGCUCAUGCAGGUGAUACUGCCGCGGAAAUAGCAGAAAGUGCAGCCUCACGGGUGAGAUUAUCCUAUCUUUCUCUGAUUUCACUCCAUAUCAAUCGGAAAACUCCUGUCGUGAAACCUCAAUAA